GCCAGUCACUCCCAACAAUGACGACAGCUCGGCGAGGCAUUCACAUAGAAACAAUUUAUUGACGAGACCAAAGCUGAAAACACAGGACGAGGACAUAAUAAGCGGAGAUCGAGAAGACGUAGUUAGCAAAGGCUUGGCCACCAGUUAGGACGACUAGGAUGCGAAAGAUGCAGGUCCUGAUUCAGACGCGUGAUGGCAGGAAAAGCAUUUAUGAGGUGGAUCGUUUUGGAACCGUAGGAAACCUGAAGUCCCGAAUCGGAAGCAACUUAUCCGUGCCCAUGGGCUUCAGUCGGCUGACGUACAAGGGUCGCAUUCUGGCGAAUCACAGCAUCCUGGAGGAUGUGGGCAUCCGGCGGAUGUCCACCUUGGAUCUCUGCUGGCAGCCGGUUGUCCUGACGCCCAAGCAACUGAGCGAAAAGGAGGGCGACUUGGACCGAUUUAAGUUCCAUCAGAAAGCCAUGGAACCCUUCGAUCAGAAGACCAAAACCGUGGAUGUGCUCAAUGCUUCGGAUGAUUACCAGGAUGGCGAGGACAUCGCCGGUGAGAUCCCCAAUCUGCCAGAGACGCGUAACUCAAUAAUUCCGGAGGACGAUGAUGAACUGGAGGAGCUGCUCUUCCCGUCUUCCGAUGGCCUGGAAUUCCUGUCCGUCAAUACACUUUGCAAGAAGUCCGUCGAUCGAAUUGGCAAGGAGCAGAACGAGGAGGAGGAGCCUCUGAACCCCGAGCCAAUUGCUCUGCCAUCAAGUCCUGUGGACAUCGCCAUUAAACCGGAAACCAAAGGUCUUGCCACGACCUCCACAAUCAAAACGAAGAAGGCCAAGAAGAACCGCAAACGGAAGUAGAAGUUCUUAUGUUAUUGCAUAUUGACUUUUGACACACUUCAAUUCGAAAUUCCCAACCCACUUUUCAUCUGCCAAUUUGAAAUCUAAAUUUGCGUUAGAAGAAACCGAAUAAACCUUGGUUAGCUUCAAUUUUUAAAUACCUUUUUUCUUGAUUGUAUGCAAACACUUGUCAUAGAUUAAUUUUUAUUAUACCAAUCAAAAUAUAAUACAAUAUUUAUCCUUACAACAAAAAGCAA